AUGGGCAGUAGACAAGUUCAACCUGAGAAAAACUUUGUCAUACCUCUUAUGGACCCUGACGGUGGCAACGGGAACCCAAAAUGGCGUUUCAGCAUUGAGGAGGAUUUAACGUUCAUCAAUCUCUCCCACCCAGACGACAAUCGGAGAAGAGUUGUCCAACAACGCAUCCGCAGCCAUGUCAUGACAAAAGCUGGCGAUAGGCGGCGCAAAAAGCCGCGCCGUGUGGUGAUUCCACUGGAGGUGGUGGACGAGGAAGAAGCGGCUUCUCGGGGCCUUCGUAGAGUUGUCGAACCGAGGAGAGUAUUGCAAGCCUCGUCUGUCUUUGCCCCAAGUUUGCUGCCAAGCUCCUUUCAAUUACCAGCUGUUGGGUCGAAUAAACGGGAGCGAGAGCUUAUCGGCUUCAUGAUGGCGGAGGCAGAUCGCGACUACCGUCCAUUUCGAGCCACCUGGUUUCAUUUUGCUUUGUCAGACACGACUGCAUUCUCUCUCUCACUUGCCACUGCUGCAUUGUAUUGGAAUAAUGCCGAGAGACUGUCGCGCGCCUUUGAAAGUGACUCGGAGUCGAUAAAGUACUACUUCAAGAGUGUGAAAGAGCUCUCGCGAAGACUCGAUAGUGAAACCGACUGUCUGAGCGGAGGCGUAAUCGCUACGACAGUUGGCCUCAUUUGCUACGAUACUUAUAUUGGGAACUGGAGUCGCUAUACUAUGCACAUGGACGGCCUAGAAAUGAUCUCGACGCUGCGCCUUGGCUUUGACGGGUUAGGAAGCAAUUUAUCGUUGAUGGCCUUCUGGCUGGAUUUGGUGGGCGCGGCCGUUCUGAACUCACGGCCGCGAUUUCCGGUUCCUGGUAGCAUGCUCCAGUUUCGAGCCAAUGAUAGCGAUCUGAGUUACAGUUUACAAAUCCUACUCCUCAGAUUAGAGGAAACUUAUUCUGACCUCUUGAGUCUGUUCGAUGGAUUGCGGUUGCUGGGCUCCUUAGUUGCCACAGUGAAUCGCAGGGGAGACAUCAUCGGCUUCUGGAGGGAUGAGGUAGAGAUCGUGACUAUGCUCGGCACUGUGUCACACCAUCUACUAUCUAUGCCUAGCCUGCUAGAAGUUAGCAAUAGGAGGAGUGACGACGGUCCUGUUAUUGUCCAGGAGAUGGUUCGGCUUGCUGGCUUAAUGAUCCUAUCCAAACUGAAGCGACUAGCAUCCCACAAUUACAGCGAUAUGCCGCGAUUGCAGCAACGGUUCCUGGCUUUAUUGGACUUGCCCUGCCUGCGAAUUUCAUGGGAGCUCCAACAAUUAAGAGCAUGGGCAUUUGUAAUUGGGGUAUCAUUAGCAGAAGCCGAAACUAAGGAUGCCAUUGCUGCCAACCUCCAUGAUCUGCUACCGGAUAUGGGCUUUCCAAAUUUUGAAGCGAUGGUCGGUGAGACGAAACAACUAAUGUGGUUGAAUCUUGUACCGGAUAUCGGCGCUGGUGGAUUCCGUUUGUACCGACCUAACUCGCGAGCGACCGGCGACUCUGAACGAUAUUGCGAUGGAAAUAUCGCCGCGAGUUUUGAUGGCAACCCUGCAUUACAGAUCAAAGAGACAUGA